UGGAUGAAUACAUUGCCAUCGCUAAGGAGAAGCAUGGAUACAACAUGGAGCAGGCCCUCGGGAUGCUGUUCUGGCACAAGCACAACAUCGAGAAGUCGUUGGCGGAUCUGCCCAACUUCACUCCGUUCCCAGAUGAGUGGACGGUGGAGGACAAGGUCCUGUUUGAACAGGCCUUCAGCUUCCACGGGAAAACCUUCCACAGGAUCCAGCAGAUGCUUCCUGACAAAUCAAUAGCCAGCCUGGUGAAAUUUUACUACUCCUGGAAGAAGACAAGGACUAAAACGAGCGUGAUGGACCGGCAUGCUCGUAAGCAAAAAAGGGAACGCGAGGAGAGUGAGGAUGAGAUGGAGGAAGCAAAUGGAAAUAACCCGAUUGAUAUCGAAGUGGAACAAAACAAGGAGAGCAAAAAGGAG